GCAGCUGGAUGCGUCUGCUUAUAACAUGGUCUCACACAAUGAUUCAACUCGUUGAGAACUUUCUUCUCACCAUUUCGUCGGCCAAGUAUUCUCAUUGGCAAGAUAUUCCAGCAAACGAAAUACCUUACAAAGAUUACCAUGUUCGCGUUCAACAUCGCGAUGAAUAAUGUCGACUCCGUCCAGCAGGGCACUUACGCAUAUAUCUGUAGGUCAUAAGCAUUCAUAUCAGUGCAGUCCUGAAUCUGGAGCAAUGCUGUUUCUACGGAGUACGCGUUCACUUGAUUUCCAUCCCAGGUGGGUUUGGUUGCAGCUGUCAGAAGUUUUUGACAUUGGCCUGCCACCUUAGCGUGAAGACCCAGCCUGCCACAGCACGCCGACCUGUCUUAAUCGGUCUGUCUGCCAGGCGAUGGGCAAUUUCCUGGAGAUUAUCCCAAUCAUUGUCGACCUCUUGAUCAUGGCCUUCUCAUCGUCUGAGAGUACAGCGUGAUGUCUCUCGCGUGGCGAGGUUCUUCUGACCUCCUGGCUGGACUCCACAUCGGAGCUCAUCCCCUACACACGGUUGAUGAUACAAAAUGAUGAGAUCCCGACCUACAAAAAGUCCUAUGUGGCUAUCUCCAGUUGUAAGUUGACUCGGCUGAAAUUCACGCGUUUGCCCUCGUCCCGUGAAUCGGGAGGUUGUUCAAGAUGCGCUCACUAUUGCUGGUGGCAGAAGUUCUUGCCCUCACAUCCUUGACUAAUGCCGCCCUUGGUGAUGAUUCCCGAGAAGAAUGUGAUGUCUCUACACUGACUUUCGUGGAUUGGGACAAGGCCAUUUUUGUCUCGGCUACCUCAGCCGUGAAUGGCGACGCUCGAUGUAAAGACAAAGGGCUGUGUGCUACAGUACCCUGGAUUGGUCCGCCCUCGACACCAACUCCCACGGAAUCCAAGGGACCCAAGGAACAUACCGAUGAGCAUGGCUGGAAGGGCGAUCCCCUGGUGACUGUAACCCUGACUCAGACGGAGAAGCAAAACGCGCCACACGGGACAGACACACCAACCUGGAGCGACUGGGACCAGCAAACAUCGCCAACUCCAUCCUCAGCCACCGGGGACUGGGAGGACUGGUCUAUAGAUGGCGGAUGGAACUCGCCUCCUCCAGGGACAGGCACUCCAUCAGCUUCACCAUCUAACUCUUGGAACGCCCCAGGCGGAGGACCUCAUGAUGGUUGGCACUCCCUGAUACCUUCGUCUUCUCAAACCAGUGCAGUCCCUCCACAUCCCACAGGCUGGAACAACCCUCCAUUGAAUUCAGUGACGAGUGGAGACGAUCAAUAUCCAUCUGGGUCUUGGAAACCUGCUCCGACUGAUUCAGAGCCCAACGACAGCAGAUCCCAUGGCUGGGCUGGAGUGACUUCAAGAACCUCGAUCGUCGGUACAACCGUCGAUCCCACAGUCAUUGAGCCUACCUCGUCUAGUACGAGUACUAGUCAUGAUGUUGCUAUUCCCACCACAUCUCUCUCUAGCACCGGUAUGUUACCGACAUCUGCUUCCACCACGACUGUGCAAACGAUUGGCCCUACCGAUAUUGAAACCACAACCACCGCCGUUUCUACCACUGAACAGACCAUUGACCCGACUGAUGUCGAAACCACAACAACUAGUAGCACUACCACUGCGCAGACGAUUGACCCUACUGACAUUGACACCACAACUAGUGGUGUCACCACGUCUUCUCAACCAGUCGAACCCACAGACAUUGAGACUACCACCAUUGCCACAACAACAGAAACAACAACUAUAGUCGAACCGACUACCACCAUUGCCGCAACAACAGAAACAACGACCACAGUUCAACCGACUACAACCACCACCACGCCGGAAACAUUGACUACUACAACUCCGACUACGACAACCACAACGACAGUGCAAAUAGACCCAACGACAACGGAAGAAACAACCGUCUCUACCCAAACUACGACAUCGACAACCACUACCACUACCACCACAAUGACAACAACAUCAACAUCAACAUCAGCUAGUGCGACGGCAACAACUCCUGCAUUGGCGAUCCGAAACGUCGGCUAUUAUGUCAACUGGGCCAUCUACGCACGCGGUUUCCAAGUGCAGGAUCUACAGACACAACACCUGACUCACGUGCUGUACGCUUUCGCAAAUGUCAACCCCACGACUGGAGAGGUCUAUCUCAGUGACACAUGGGCCGACACAGACCGACCAUCAGCGGGAGAUGACACAUCUGCAGCGGGCACCAACUUGUUUGGAAACCUCAAGCAGCUAUAUCUCCGGAAGAAGCAGAAUCGAAACCUGAAGACGCUCCUCUCGAUCGGAGGUUGGACCUUCUCUCCUAACUUUGCAGUGCCGGCCAGCACGGCCGAGGGACGACAAGCGUUUGCGAAUAGUGCAGUUAACCUCGUGCAGAAUCUCGGCUUCGACGGUAUAGACAUUGACUGGGAAUACCCCUCGAACCCUGCCCAAGCUGCUGACUUUGUCCUGUUGCUACGUGCCGUCCGCGAGGCGCUCGAUGCAUCAACGACACGCAACAAUCAACGAAAAUUCCUUAUCACAGUAGCCGUCUCUGCAGGACCUUCCAACUACGGACGACUAGACAUGGCUGGAAUGGACGAAUACCUCGACUUCUGGAACCUGAUGGCCUACGACUAUGUCGUGGCCAGCGACACCAUCACAGCCCACCAAGCUAAUCUAUUUGAAUCACUCUCAAUCCCUAACUCUACCCCAGCCAACACCGACGGCGCCGUCACCGCUUACUUAGCCAACGGCGUCGCGCCUACAAAACUCGUCCUUGGAAUGCCGUUGUACGGCCACUCAUAUGUAGGGUCUACCGGUCUAGGCACACCAUGCACAGUCGAUUCCCAGGGCUCAUGGGAAGCCGGGAUUUGGGACUACAAGGUCCUUCCCAGAGCUGGAGCCAGCGAAUUCUACGACAAUGAAGUUGGUGCCGCGUAUAGCUUCGACGCCGACUCGGGCAAUUUCGUCACCUACGACACUGUCACCAGCGUGGAGCGAAAGGCCGAGUAUGUGGCUGAUCGAGGCUUGGGCGGUGGCAUGUAUUGGGAAACCAGCGCCGAUAAGCCUCUUGGUCAAGGCUCGUUGAUUGAGACUUUUGCCAAUGCUUUCAGUGGACUCGAGUAUGAUGAGAAUGAGCUAUCGUAUCCGGAAAGCAGGUAUGAUAAUUUGAGAAACCAGAUGAAUUAGGAUAGGGGUUGAAUUUGCAUGAGAUUUGAAUUGGUGCGAAGGCGUUAUAGGCUAGUUGUUAG